CUUGCCUUGAAAAAUUGUUUUAAAAUUCUUGCAAAGUAACAGUUUUCUUUAAAAAUCUGAAUGAAAUUGAAUAUUUAACAAAAUUUUACUUUGUAAAGUAUGCGAUAAUGUUUCGUGGAAUUGCCAAUGCUCUCUUAAAUGGACGCCACCAGGCGCCUCCACAAGUGCAGAAGCGAUCUGAGCACAAAAUGCCAGAGAAACUUCAGAAAAUCGCUACGGACAAGGACCCAGAGUUCUCCGCGAUGGUGCUGUAUUAUUAUCACAGAGCUGCCCAGACAAUGGAGAAGGAACUGGUCAAGGAAAUGGAUAAGUAUAACCAUUUGAAGCCCGAGCACAAGCAAGCCCGAGUCUCUGCAAUCCUCAACUUAAUUGGAAGUGUCUGCACCUCGAUAGAAGUCAGUUUCCCCAUCAUAAAAGCCAAUGGCACCUAUGAGAUCAUCACCGGAUAUCGAGCGCAUCACGUGAGGAAUCGAUUGCCGCUAAAAGGAGGCAUUCGCUUUGCUAUGGAUGUGGAUGAAGCCGAAGUCAAGGCACUCGCCUCCAUCAUGACAUUCAAGUGUGCCUGCGUCAAUCUGCCUUAUGGCGGAUCCAAAGGAGGUGUCCGCAUCGAUCCUGCCAAGUAUACAGUUGGCGAGUUGCAGACGAUCACGAGACGAUAUACGAUGGAACUCCUCAAGAGAAAUAUGAUUGGACCCGGCAUUGAUGUGCCUGCACCCGAUGUCAACACCAGUCCACGUGAGAUGAGCUGGAUAGUCGAUCAGUACACCAAGACCUUUGGCUACAAGGAUAUCAAUGCGGCAGCUAUUGUAACUGGGAAGCCGGUUCACGUGGGUGGGAUUAAUGGAAGAAACUCGGCAACAGGACGAGGCGUGUGGAAAUCAGGCGACUUAUUCCUACAGGACAAAGAAUGGAUGGACAUGAUUGGUUUGAAGACAGGCUGGAAGGACAAGAAGGUUAUUGUUCAGGGCUUCGGCAACGUCGGUUCCUUUGCCGCAAAGUUUGUCCACGAAGCAGGCGCUAAAGUCAUCGGAAUCCAGGAGAUGGGCUUUAGUCUUGUGAAUAAGGAUGGAAUGGAUAUUAACGAUGUUAUAAAAUUCAAGGAGGAAAAGAAGACCAUAAAGGGAUAUCCAAAGGCGAAGGCAUCCAAGGGAUCACUCCUAACUGCAGAAUGUGAUAUCCUGAUGCCUUGUGCAACCCAGAAAGUUAUUACUAGUGAGAAUGCCAAGGAUAUUAAAGCUAAGCUGAUCCUGGAAGGAGCCAAUGGACCAACCACACCAGCUGGAGAAAAGAUUCUGCUGGACAAAGGCGUCUUAAUAGUUCCCGAUCUGUAUUGUAAUGCUGGGGGUGUGACAGUGUCCUACUUUGAGUAUCUCAAGAACAUCAAUCAUGUAUCCUAUGGUAAAAUGCAGUCGAAGACCAUUUCGCGGAUUAUUGUCGAGAUCGUCAACUCGAUGAAUGAAUCUCUUAGUGUUUGCGGAGAAGGUGAAUUUCCCACAAUCAAGGCGAAUAAGAAACUCAAGUUAAUUCGCGACUGCACCAAGGAAGCCGAUAUUGUUGAUGCAGCUCUACAGACUGUGAUGGAAUCGGCUGCCGAAGGCAUCAAGAUGACAGCUCACACUUUUGAACUGUGCAACGAUCUACGAACUGCUGCCUACAUCUGGUCCAUUUUCAAGAUUUUCCGUGCUCUGGAAAGCUCUGGCAUAUCGCAGCAGUAGAUUCUGAAAAUUUUAAAAUAAA